AUGACUGCCGUCCAGGUUUCACAAGGAAGUUGGACGCAGCAUGCCUAUCCUGUCGGAGAAGAAAGGAAGGCAACUAGUUUGAAUGGACAAGCUGAGGUGAAGAGGAACAAGCUCAAAGCAGAGGGCUUGGAAAAAGAUAGCAAGCACCGAGCUUACAUCUUGCGCAUCCGCAUGCGAAAUUUCCUGCCAUACGACGACACGACGAUCCGACCUGGACCAAGAUUGAACCUGGUGGUGGGACCCAACGGGUCUGGUAAGAGCACGAUAGUGAGUGCGAUCUGCCUGGGCCUCGCUGGAUCUCUCAAGAUCAUGGACCGAGGUAAGAGUGCCAGCGACUUCAUCAAAAACGGAAAGAAUUCAGGAUCGAUAGAGAUAGAGUUGAGCCAACCUCACGGCAAAAAGGUCACCAUCCUGAGAAAGAUGAAGAAGAAUGAGAAGAAGUCUGAAUGGUUCAUGAAUGGCGAGCCGACACAGGAAAAGCAAGUUGCUGAAUUCGUCAAGGAGCAGAACAUCAAACUAGACAAUCUUUGCCAUUUUCUUCCACAAGAGAAGGUGGUCGAGUUUGCCAAGUUGGCGGACCGACCGCAGGAGAUGCUCAUCAAGGUGGAAGAGGCAGUUGGCCCUCCACACAUGCGAGAUGAUCACGAGGAGCUCAUCAAAAUGAGUGAGGCCGCGAGUCUCAACGCAAGAAGUUUCGAGAGCAAACAGAACCAGCUGAAAGAGCUUGAGGCCAAGCGAGAAACUUUGCGUGUUGCGAUAGAACGGUAUAAGCAGGUGCAGGAUUUGAAGCAGCUGCUAGAGAUCGUUGAGAAGAAGAUAUGCUACAUCCAACUUGAAGCUGUUCGAGUGGAGUACACGAAGCGUAAGAAUGCCGUUAAGGCUUUGAAGGAUGAGCUUGAAGUGAAGAAACGACAGUACGAAGAGAAGCGAAGCGAGCUCUCUUUGUUGAAGCAAAACAUGAAGAAAGCCAGGCAGAACAGCAGCGAACAUGACAAGAAGCUUCGGAACCGUCAACUUGAGAUUGAAAGUCUCCUUACUACUAUCAUCGAUUUGGAACGCGACAGCAAAAACCUGGAGAGGUCCAUUCGAGGUAAAGAAAAAGAGAAGGAAAUGCAAGAGGAGAAAAUACGCCGAUUGGAGAAAGAACUGAAUGAGCUGAAGGAUAAGCGAUUGCUGAAACGAGAAAAGCCGGCAAACCUGGACGAAGAGCUCAAAGAGAAUCAAGAGAAGUACAGCAAGGCGAUGCGAACUCUCAAGGGCACUGAGGCUGCGGGAGAAACGCUGAAGGCUGAGCGGGAGAAGUGUAGGAGUGAAGUGCAGCAGAAAGAAGCCGAGCUCAAGAACCACCUGAGCGUCUUCGAACGGAAGACCAGGAGCCUCAAGAACUCUCGUCCAGACAUCUACCGGGCCUACGAGUGGAUCCGUGAGAACCAGGACAGAUUUAGCGAGAAGGUGUACGGCCCCGUCUUCCUCGACAUCAACGUGAAGCAGAAGGAGCAUGCGGACUACACGGAGGCGGUACUUGGCCGCGACAUGGACUCUUUCGUGGUGCAGAACCGUCAAGAUCGCGAGAUCCUCACGACUGAGAUGAACAAGCCCAACUCCCCGCUCAAGCCCAUCACCCUCUACACCAUGCCCCCCGGGGCUCGGACCUCCAACUUUGAGCGCAAGACGCAGACGUUGGACAGCAAGGUGCUUCAAGCCUACCACAUCACCGGGAGCCUUCUUGACGUCGUCGACGCCGAGCAGCCGAUGCUGCAAUGGUUAUGCAGUGAGAAGAUGUUUCACAGGAUCUUGUUGGGCGAUAGCGUCACAUGGCAGAAGCGAAAUGAACUGGCGGAGGGAAGAGAGUUCCGGCAUGAGGACCCGCGUACCAAAAAGUUUCGACAUCUUGUCGCUGGCGAUGGCUUGUACACGCCAAACGGCUCGUUCCGAGUCAACUUCAGUAUCCACGGGUCUCGCAACAUGCUCUUCACUUCGAGUGACGUGAGACCGUCAAACCGUCUGAUUGUCGGCGAUGACUCUGAGAACGAGCGCAAGAAUCAAGAGAUCCAACGCUGCAGAGAGAAAUUGCAAGAGCUCAAUCAGCAGGUGGACGAAAAUCAACAGCUCGAAGACCAAGCUCGAGCUGCCCUCAAUGCAGCUGGAAACGAGUUGAAGAAGAUCAAGGACUUGGUCGUCCAGUUCGACUCUAAGGCGCUCGACAAUCAGAUCAAGGAGAAGGAGAAAGUGAUGAAGAUGGAGGCCAACAAGAAGCCGCUGCAGGGCAAGGACGAGCUUGUGGCCCGCCUCAAGAAAGUUCUUCAGCGUAGGAAAGACUCUUGCAAGGAGGUUGCGGACGCUGUUCGCACAUGUGCAGAGCUGCACAUGCAGCAGGUGGCGUCAGUGCUAGAAGCCGAGCCCUUGGAGAAGAAGUACAAACAGGUAGAGCAAGAGGAGGGGAGCAUCAAGAGCCAGUACAACACUCUCAAAGAGAACUACGACCAAGAACACGACGAGAUGCAGAAGAUCAAGCAGCGGAUGGACACGCUUCGCCGAGACAUGCCGGAGAUCAGCGAGGAAGACCAGGAAGCUUUCAGAAACUUGGAGGAAGGGGAGGAGGAGCUAGAGAGGAAGAGAGACAAGCUGAAGGAAGACAUCUCUAAGCUCGGCAUCCAAGCUGACCGACAGGCUGAGUUUGAUAUGGUCAAGUCGCAGAUAGAGGAGUUGAGCGGGGAGCUCAGCAACUUUGCGUCUGCGGUAGAGGAGGAGAAGAAGAAGCUGGAGAGGAAGAAGAAGUUGUGGCUGGACGGGGGAGACCGAGGGAACCCAAACAGGCAAGUCGGACUGCGAGAGAUCGUCGAGAAGAUCAACGAAUGCUUCAGCGACUCGUUUCAGCGCAUGGGGAACGUCGGGGAGGUCAAACUACUGGAAAAGAAGAACAAGUGGAACGAGGACGACUUUGCCAACUACGCCAUCACCAUCAUGGUCAAGUUCCGCGAAGAGCAGGAGCUGCUGCCUCUCGACGGGCGGGUGCAGUCAGGCGGCGAGACGUCGCUGUCAACGAUGCUCUUCCUGCUCAGCCUCCAGCAGAUCACCAGGUGCCCCUUCCGAGUCGUCGACGAGAUCAACCAGGGCAUGGACAUCCACUACGAGAAGGCAGUCUUCGAGAAGAUCGUGGAGUGGAGCUGCCGGGAGGACACGUCGCAAUGCUUCCUCAUCACUCCGAAGCUUCAGGGGAACCUGUUGGCCAACGUGAGGGACCAUAUCUCCGUCUUGUGCGUCUUCAAGGGAAGAGAUCUGUACACCGACCAGGAGGGUUGGGUGCUUUGA